AAUGCAUAAUUUAACAUUAUUCUGCAAACAUAUACAUAUAUAUGAUACAUGCGUACACAUAUUCUAGAAUAUAAUCGAAGAAAUGGUGGAAAGGAAAACAGAAGAAAGUGGCGAAGCGUGAUGGGAUGAAAAAGGAUUUGCAUGAUGAAAGGAGAGACGAAUAUCAUCUCCCCUCCACGGUCUAAAUAAAAAAUAAAUUUAUCCAAUGGCAACCAGUCCGAAAUAAGCGCCAUCUGAUCCCAUACACUUGACCCAUAGCCAUGGUUUAGCGCAUCAGUCUUCUUCAAACCGUGGUGGUAUGUUUAUUGAUCAUCGAUCCCUCGACUUUGACCGGUUGUUACAUUCUCUUUGUCCCAGAAAAGAUCUUCCAGCCGAUCGAGUUCCUUCGUUUAAUUCGAGAAUGCAUCGAAUUUCCUAUUAAAAAAAAAAAAAAAAAAAAAUGUCGGUUUAACAACAACGUGGCUCGUGACAAUCCGUAGCAGAAGAAAACAAAAUGUCAAUUAGCGUUAAAAACGACGACGUUCAGAUUAAUCGGGAAGGAACAAUGGUAUCUGUUUCGACGAUUCAACAAUCAAACGAGACCACCAGUAAAGUUAACAAAGAAGACGAUACGAAACGACAAUUAGUAUGCCUGAACAAUCGGAAGUCCAUCAUACAAUCACGAAUCGCUGACAAAAUACCGAACAUGAAGGAGCAAAUGGAAACGAAUCUAAAAUUAUUAAAAUUCGUAGCCGAUUCCAAGUUGACAUUAACCCAAGUUAAUGGUCAAAGGAAACUCGGCCCACCUCCAGGAUGGACAGGACCUCCUCCUGGACCGAAAUGCGAGAUUUUCGUCGGCAGUAUACCACGAGAUUAUUACGAACCCGAAAUUGUUCGUAUAUUCAGUACUGUAGGAACGAUUUAUGAGUUACGCUUGAUGAUGGAAUUUUCUGGUACAAAUAGGGGUUACUGUUUUAUCAUGUACACCACCGAAGAGGAGGCAGCUCGUGCUGUUAAAGAAUUAGAUCAGCAUGAAAUUUAUCCUGGAAAAAAGAUCGGUGUCGUUGCGAGCACUAAUAAUUGUCGGCUAUACAUUAAUCAGCUGCCUCGAAUCAUCGACUCUAAAUCCAUCAUCAAGAGAAUUUACGAAGUGACAGAUGAUGUAGAUAAAGUAGCCGUUUAUAGGAACCUGAACGGUUUUGUUUGUUACGUUUUGGUAUCGUACAAAACCCAUCGAGGGGCCGCCAUGGCGCGAAGAAGAUUAGUGCCUGAAUCGGCGACGCUCUUCAAAAAUUGUGAAGUUAAUAUAGAAUGGGCUAAUGCAAAUAUGACACCUUAUAACGUGUUCGAAGAAUGUGGAACGUGUGACGAGGAAGGCAACAUACAAAUAACGAAAACCUUCAUUGAACCAGCUAAAACGAAAAAAGUUGUGGCCCGAACGAAACAGAAGGCCAUCGAUAAACGAUCGAACAUAAUAAACAAUCAACGAUCGCAGAAAUUAAUCGGUUCAUCGAUUCAAAAAGGUCGGCCGAUAAAAGCUGCAAUCUCAAGCCCGGUAAAAAAUCUCGGCAAUCCAAUAAAUCAAUGCAAGGUCGAAAAAUGCCAAUCGAAAAGCAUACUUUGCUCCAAUUGUUCUUUGAUAGAAUUCGCGAGGAGCAAGGACAAAACGAAAGAAAAUUUUAAUCAAACUUGCGAUAUCAAUGGAAAUUUAAGAGACAGUUUAGACCAAUCUUUUUUACACGAACACUUUAAGAAGAAUUGCGUACAACACGAUCAAUCGAACGCCAUUCUUCCCGCGAUCAGCACGUAUUUGACGUAUUUGAACAAAGGUAAACGCUUGAAGAACUUCAAAUGGAACGACGUGCAAAGAUAUUCUAACGAGGCUUUGCACAGUAUCGAAAAUUUUGCUAAAAAUCUAACAAAUGCCCCUUGCGAUCUGGUCAACAAGUGUAAGUUAGAAUGCUCUUGCCAGUGUCGAUUUCACGCAAACAACAGUUUCAAUGUAUCAAAAUUACCUACGAAUAAAUUACAAUCUGUUUGGAAUCCGACAGACGGUCUUAUGACAAAUUUCUCCGAAACUUUGAAGAUCGCAAGCGAAAAUGACAAUAAAAAUUGCGUUAGCUACGAUCAAAGAAAUAUUUAUAAGAACGAGCACGUGAACCCCGCGGAGAAUAAUGUUCACCACAUGUCGAAUAAUUUUUCCAAUUCACAGCCUUUCAACGAAUCUAAUCAUCAUCGGUUCUCAAACUGUUAUCAGUACACUAAUUAUUAUCAGAAUUUUGGGAUCAAUAACGGAGAGCAAAACAACGGUACUUUCGUCCAAUAUCCUAAUCAAAACUCGGGAUACAAUUUGCAAAGUGGGCGAGAAUUCUCGUUGCGCCAGGAAUCGAAUUUGGGUCACUUUUCGCAACAAUUUCCAUCGACAGACGUGAACCAGAUGACGAUCAAUCAGAAUUUCAAUUGGUUUUCGCCCGAGUUAUUGCCGAUGGAGAUUUAUCGCCGCGAACCCGGAAAUAUUCCAGAUAUAUCCAAUAGAAUUUUGAACGAUUGUAAAUAUAUGAACAAUCAUCACGCGAUUAAGAGUUCACAGCAACAGAGUAACGAGUCGUUUUUUAGCCCCGUGUCGAAGUUCGAAGGAAGAUUCUCGUUUGAAAAUCCGAUCAAUUCAAUUAAUUCCUCGUUGUAUCCAAAGAAUGCGAUAUACGCGGAAAGUAAACCGCAAUUUGGAGAAAAUUUUCGAAGACUUUAAGUGAUUUAUUAUUAUGGGAUUUAAUUAUGAUAAUCGUCGACUAUAGAAAAUAGGUAGGCGAGUUUAGUUUAUUGCGAUUAGAGAAAUUGUAUUUUAAUCUUAUGGAUUGGUUCGUUGGUGGCCAUUGCGCAACAAGUUAAGAGAAGAUAGAUAAGUUGAAUAGAUGGAAACAAUAUUUCGUGGAAGUAACUCGAGUUUGUUGAUUUUUAUUUAUAUCUCGAUAAAUAGAGAUUUAAGAGAGGGAGAGAAAGAAUAAGCGGUAGGCAAAAUUUAUGAUAAACGAAUUGAUCAACAAUUUUUUUAAUAUUCAGAUUGUAUCGUGGGUGGAACACCAUACGUGCUCUAUAAUCGAAUUGAACGAUUUUGCUAUUAAUCAGUAUUUGGAAAAAAGUGUCGACAAUUUAUCUUUUUUUUUUUUUUUCUUUUACAAUCAGUGUUCUGAAUCUUGUGAUUGUUUUGUUUGUUAAGUAUAUUAUAUAUAUAUAUAUAUAUACCUAUGCUUAUUGAUUUUUGAGCUCGUAUCUUAAAUUUAUAUGAAAUUAAGUAUAUAUAAAAAAAUUUCGAAUUUUAUAUAAGCUGAAGUUCCUGAUGAUUAAUUAUUACAAUUUAAGAUUUAUUUCUUGUGCCGAUGACGUGAAACGAAUAUCGUUUUAUACCAAAGAUUAAUAAUCCAUGGUUAUUAAUGAUGGUAGCUACUUAGGGCAAUCGUUAUGUCUUAUUAUUGUAAUCAUAAGAAUCUAAAUCGAUCUUUAUAUAUCAUUUUAUUUUCUAAUCGUACUUGUAGUGAUGCUUGUAAUUUUUUUUUUUUCGAAGCUGUGAAAAAAUUGUUAAAACAACUUUCUAGCUCCGAUUCUUUGUAUUUCCCUCUUUCUACAGGGAUUAAUACACGAUCCGCGCAUAUUAUCCGCGCAGGAAUUAAUUUAUCACUUAUUGUAUUUUAUUUUUCUGAUCAAAAUGAUUUGUAUCGUCGUUGCAAAGAAUAUUGUACACAAGAUGAUGUUGCAUGAAAAAAAAAAGUGAUGAUUUCAUGAGCGAAAUUAUAAUUUAUUAUAUAAACAUUAAAAAUAAUCUUAAGAUGGAUUGCUGUUUUAUGAUACAUUGUAAUAUUUUACAAUCAUCUGUGACGAUAUAACACAUUGUUAAAAAAAAUUAUUUCGUGUAAUCAACGAUCUCUUAUUAUUAUUAUUUUUUUUAAAGAAAUAAAUAAUGUUUUGGAAUAUUAAAAAUUACUUUAUACGAUUAAUAAUUUGUUCUGUGUAAAAUGCAUUUUUUUGUUGUGUGAUUGAGCAUUUUGCGCCGAUCUACGAAUAACGAAAAUUAUAUUAAAAUCACAGAUUAAAUAUCACAGAUUUUUCGAAGAUCAACUUACUUGUUACUACACUGUUUGUUAUAUUUUCGCAUGAUCAUUUAGUAUAAAAUUCUCGUUUAUAUGUACACAUGGAUUGGAUCUUCCUUAAUUAUCUAAGUGUGAUGAUAUAAUGAUAUCUCGCCGAGUUUAUCGAAAAAUUUACGUCGAUGAAAUAUGCCGUGAUAACGAUACAUCACAAUGUGGACAAUGGUCCGAUUUAUUUCGAGUUGUCUGAAAAUCGGAAUAUAUCGUUGAUAAUUAAAAUAAAUAUUUUAUACGCGACAAAAUUCAGUUACCUACCUGACUGCUCUUUAUACGUAAAUAAUUCCCGCACGUGCAACAUUUUAAGCGUUGUUGAUCCGUCCUUUUGAACGAUACCUAUAAAAAUGUUUGAAAAAUUGUGUAACGCAAAACGAUACAAUAAAGUAAAAUUAAGAUUUUGUUUCGUAAUACA